UCACACGUGGGGGCGGAGAAGGGCCAAGCUUAGAACCCAUUUCCUGGCAAAAGAAUCCCUUUAGUUCAGCUGGUCUCUGGCUAGGGAAGUCCCUAGGCGGCCAAUCUCCUGCCGCCGUGAGAAAACCAAAAAAGGAAAAAAAAAAAGGAAAAAAAGUAUAGAACAUCUCCCUCUCUAUUAUUAUUAUUAUUUAUCUUGCGUGUAAUCCAUUCCUCCCUAGUGCCUCCUCCCUUUCCUGCUUGUCCUCCUCCUGUUGUAACAUGCAAUUAGCGAUCCUGCAGCCACAUUUCCAGGGGUGCUAAAGUUCAUUUCGCUUAUAGCCACCAUGGGGAAUGGGAUGAACAAGAUCCUGCCUGGUCUCUACAUUGGCAACUUUAAAGAUGCAAGAGACGCAGAGCAGCUGAGCAAGAAUAAGGUUACACACAUUCUCUCUAUCCAUGAUAGUGCCAGGCCUAUGCUUGAGGGACUGAAGUACCUGUGUAUUCCUGCUGCUGAUUCACCCUCUCAGAAUUUGACAAGACAUUUUAAAGAGAGUAUCAGGUUCAUUCAUGAGUGCCGGCUUAGAGGGGAGGGCUGUCUUGUACACUGCCUGGCUGGCGUCUCCAGAAGCGUGACCUUGGUGGUUGCUUAUGUUAUGACGAUUACUGAUUUUGGCUGGGAGGAUGCAUUACACAUGGUUCGGGCAGGAAGGUCUUGUGCCAAUCCUAACUUGGGCUUCCAAAAGCAGCUCCAGGAGUUUGAAAAGAAUGAAGUUCACCAGUUUCGGCAGUGGCUGAAAGACGAGUAUGGAGAAAACCCUUUGAAGGACGCAGAAGAAGCCAAAAACAUUCUGGGUAAUUACAAAGAGCAAGCACGUGCAGAACCACCCCAGCAGAAUCCCAGCGGGAGGCGGUGGAGUAGCUUUUCGACCCUGCCAUCGCUAACCUGCAAUAACUAUACCACGGAGACAUAACUCAGCGGGACUCAGUCUUCUUCUUCCUCCUCUUCUUCCUGCUUGUCUUUCAUAUUUUCUGUAUGCACAGUGGUGUACUGGACCCCUUUGCAAUCCAUACGGUUUGGGGCUAGGAGGGCCGCCGGGGGUGAUGGGAUGAUGGUGGUGGUGGAGGUCUGGUAGUUGUAGUGGUGAAGGAAUUGAGGGCUUUUCCUUCUGCAAGUAUUCCUUUUCUGGGCACCCUUCCUUGCCCUGCAGUUCCAGACUCUCCCCCGAGUGGCCCUAGCCUUAGCUUGCUUCGCAAAAGGGAUGCUGCUCAGUUACAGUGCACUGCUGUGGAGGGGAGGGGCAUGUGUGUGCACACACGGAUGUGUGUCUGUUGUGUGUACACAAAUGUAUGUCCUUGUAUAUAUGAUCACAAUUAUUAUAUGUGUGUAUAUAUAUAUAUAUAAAAUGCUACCAGUAUUAGAAUUAUGAAUAGCUUUUUGUGGGUGCAGGCCUCUAUGCAGAAGUAUUUAAGCCAUCCAUUAACAAAAAACUCUGGAAGAAAAUCAUAUUGUAUGUAUGUGAGCUGACGUUUAAAAGAACUCAAGGACAGAAAUGGCUGAGGGCUAGAAGGAGCAGUGUUCUUCCUGGGGAGCCUAGUUUUGGAUGAUUUGAGGCUUGAUGCCAGAGAGGGAGGGAGAGAUGAGAUAGAUGAGCACCAGUAGAAAGUGGUCCCUAGAGGCCGUUUGCUCCCCAGCCAUCCUUGAGCCAGUGGACCCUGGAGGGCAGCCAGGAUUUGUACUGGGAGACUUGAGAGCUGUCGUCAAGUCAUCCUGGCCCCAUCCAGGUGGUCUCCACAUCUCUCUGGGAGAUCAGGGCACUUUUGAGCAGGCUGCUCGCCCUGCUGAGUUCUGUUGGAUGUUGACCGCAAGGCACCAUGUCAGUCCUUGUCACCAGGAUCACCUCAAAGGUUCCUUCAUGCAUAAGUUGAUUUUUCACCCUCACUCUUUAAUAGACUUCUCUCAGGAUUCCUAUGUGUCUGUAGGGAUCUGUGUGUUGUGUCCAAAGAAAGUGUUUAUUAAGCACCUGGACAGUGUUCAUUAAUAAAUGCCUGAGCAUUGAUUAAGCACCUUUGUUUGUACUGUGGACUUGGGAGUUGACCUCAGCUACCUCAUAGAAAGUGGUUGGUUUUUUAAUUUGGGUUUUUUGUUUGUUUGUUUAUUUGUUUUAAACUGAUGAAUCCAACUCAUGACUACACAUGCUCAAAUCUUUUAGGGAAGAGAAAUAGAAGGAUCUCCAUGCCCACCCCAACCCAUUUAAGAGUUUCUAACUUUGGCUUGAAUAAUGAUGCUUUCUGAUGGGUCUGAAUUUAAGUAUUAAAGCAGAGGACAAAUGUGGGUGCAGAUGUAUAAUCUCUGCCUUGUGUGUACUUGGGAGCAACAGUAGGCAUCAUCUGCCGAGCAUUGCUGUGUUCCAUGGGGUCUCUACUCCCUGAUGCCAACUUAGAUUUUUUAAGCACGCAGAGCUCCAAGAAUGAAAAAAUGUGCCUGUCCUCUCCCUAAAAAGAUAUUGCCACCCUGUUCUUCUGAAUGCCACCACAAAAGAAUCCCUGAAUAAGAAGAAAAGCUAUCCAGUGCAUUGUAGGGUUUGUGUUAAAGGUGAGCCAUCUGGGGACAGGAAAGAAUGGACUCUUGUGUUUUUUGAUAGAAGCUCUUUGCCACAAAUGGAGGAGAGAGAUAUUAUUAAUGCAGUU